AUGUGGACGGCGCUAGAGCAGGUGCAGGGUGAACUAGAGGACACCGAAGCGACUGAAGAAGGUAGGACACGAAAUGCAGAAUUGCGAGCCAAUUUCGAGCCUAGAUUGUUCAAAGUCAAAGGGGACUUAGUAUCUAAAUUGCCCGCCACUACUUCCUUUGAAACGCCAAAUCCUCAACCCUCUCUCUCAACCACACAUCUUUCUGGAAUCAAACUACCCACGAUAUCCCUUCCCGAAUUCGAUGGUGACUACGAGCAAUGGUUACCAUUUCAUGACACAUACGUCGCUCUCAUUCAUAAUAAUCCCGACCUACCACCCAUACAAAAAUUCCACUAUUUAAGGGCAGCUUUGAAGGGGGAAGCUGCUCAGUUAGUUGAAUCGAUCUCCAUUUCUUCGGCUAAUUACAAUCUAGCAUGGAACAUGCUUACUGGUCGGUAUGCUAACGAGUACCUUCUAAAGAAGAGGCACCUACAGGCAUUGUUCGACAUACCACGCGUAAGAAAGGAGACAGCAGCUACGCUUCAUAGCUUGGUCGACGAUUUCGAGCGCCAUACUAAAAUCCUGCAUCAACUGGGGGAGCCAACCGAUAGCUGGAGUGCGAUUCUGGAGCACCUACUGUGUACGCGAUUGCACGACGAUUCUCUUAGGGCCUGGGAGGAUCAUGCGUCCACCAUCGAGAACCCGAAUUACGCCUGUAUCAUCGAAUUUCUGCAGCGUCGAAUCCGUGUGCUGGAAUCAAUAUCGGUCAACCACCACCCGUCAAGCUCAAACAUCGUUGCACCACCGCAGCAUGCAAAACGAUUUACCAGCCACCAGCGCCUUUCAUCCUUUUCGUCAACCGCUGCCACGAAUUGGAACUGCCCGGCGUGUCAUCAGCAACACACUUUGCUAAAGUGCUCGAAAUUCCAUCGUAUGCCUGUCAACGAGCGCCUAAAGAUAGUCACCACCAAAGGUUUCUGCAUCAACUGCCUGCUACCAAACCAGGUAGGACACAACUGCUCUACCCACAAUUGUCGACACUGUGGUCGUAGACAUCAUUCGCUUUUGCACAUUAACCGCUCAGAUGAAGGAAGGAGGAACAACAAUGAACACCAGCCGAACAGCUCGACAUCUGUGGUAGUCCAAACAAAUUCAUCCUCCCCACGAGCCGGUCCGGCUCAGCAAACAUCCGCAGCAACUGCUGCAAUCGUUCCACACAUCGAAAGCAGCACACCCAUCAGCCAGCCGAACGAGACCGUUUUCCUUAUGACUGCUAUCGUUAAUGUCGUCGACGCCUUCGGAAAACCUCACCCAGCCCGUGCGCUUCUGGACAGCGCGUCGCAGCCUAACUUAAUCACCGAACGCAUGGCACAGCUGCUACGCGUAAAACGACAUAGGGUAAACGUGACAAUUAUGGGCGCAGGUCAACUGUCGAAACCAGUUCGAGAAUCAAUUUUUACCCAAGUUAAAUCUCGCUCUAGCAACUUCUUCUGCGAUGCCAACUUUCUUGUGAUGCACAAAGUAACCGCUAAUCUCCCUGCACAGGACGUAUCCCAAUUAGGCUGGAAACUUCCGAAGGAAAUCUCACUUGCUGACCCCUCUUUUCAUCGAAGUCAACCGAUCGAUCUUGUCUUAGGUGCUAGGCAUUUUCACGAUUUCUUCCCCACUGCAGCUCGUCUACAGAUCGACAAUCGACUUCCUCUCCUUGUCGAUAGCGUUUUUGGGUGGAUAGUAUCAGGCUCCGGUACGUAUGUUGGUCCCGAUGGUGAGGAGGAGGUUGACAAAAGGCUACAAACAACCGUCGUGUCCAUGGUUACCCUAGAGCAGAUCAUCGAAAGGUUCUGGACAACCGAAAGCCUGUGCAUCAAUGACACAUAUUCAGCGGAGGAGAAAUUUUGUGAAACUCUGUACGAUUCUACUACCACACGCAGCGAAGAAGGACGAUAUUUGGUACGCUUACCCCGAAAAGCUGAUUUCAACGUCAUGAUUGGCAACUCGAAAAUGAGCGCGCUUCGCCGGUACAAAUUACUGGAACGCCGAUUGAAUAGAAACCCGGAACUCAAGGAGGAAUACGACAAAUUCAUGCGGGAAUAUCUCUCCCUUGGCCACAUGAAACUGGUCAACGCGGACGACGAUCGCUCUCCCGUAUCCUAUUACCUGCCACACCAUCCCGUAAUUAAGGAUUCAAGCACGACCACGAAGGUCAGAGUCGUUUUCGACGGCUCAUCAAAAGCUUCAUCCGGCUUCUCACUCAAUGAAGCCCUUUGCGUGGAUCCUGUAGUGCAGGACGACUUGCUUACGCUCAUUCUCCGUUUCCGUACCCUGCCAAUUGCUCUCGUAGGCGACAUAGCCAAAAUGUACCGACAGGUUCUAGUACAUCCAGAAGACACACCCCUGCAGAGGAUUCUCUGGCGUUUCACCAACCACACUCCAAUCCAGACCUACGAGUUGCUCACCGUAACGUACGGUCUGGCCCCAUCAUCCUUUCUCGCGACCCGUACCCUGAAGCAGCUAGCGAAAGAAGAAGGUUCAUCGUACCCCCUGGGCCAGGCGGCUCUAGAAAAAUGUUUCUAUGUGGACGAUUUCAUCGGAGGAGCCCAAUCGAUCGAAGAAGCCGUACGUUUGAGGAACGAACUAUCUGAGCUGCUGUCGAAAGGAGGAUUCGAGCUGCGUAAAUGGACUUCAAACCGUCUCGAGGUACUUCACGGUUUGAACGACGACCAAAUAGGCACACAAUCUUCACUGCAGUUUGGCCCUAACGAGACGGUGAAAACACUGGGAAUUAGCUGGGAACCCGAGGCCGACUUUCUUCGAUUCGAUUCACAAGUCGAACCAAACGAAAAACCGUGGACCAAGCGAGCAAUCUUGUCCACUAUCGCUAAACUCUUCGACCCGAUGUGA